AUGUCUCAAUUUGCUCUCCCGGGUGCCAACAAAUCAUAUGGAACUCCCCCGACUCCUAGCCUCAAGCUUCGGAAUGGCCGGCUGCUCAUUCCUCUGAUGGCCACAAUAGGACUGGGUUUCGGCGCAUACAACUAUUACGUCGCGGCCAAGUCGCGGCAGGAACAAUCUAUGCUGGAGGAACAGGAACGCCUGGCGCGAAACCAACAAUUGAUGGAUGCAUAUGGCGACAAGAAUAGUCUGCAUGAUGUCCAACAUGCACUUGACAUGUACAACGUUCGAUAA